AUUAAUUUAUGGUAUACAAAAUCAGAAAUAAGUCAUUUUUCUGGACUAGAGCUGGCUGGAAGAAUAAUUGGCAUCCUAAAAAUUUUAAUGCUCCAAGACCAUCAAGUUCAGAAUUCACUAUAGGUAUUAGAUGUCGUUACGAUCACAAUUCAUUCUUGAGAGGUUAGAAAUUUAAUGUCUAUUGAAUAGCUUAUCAUUCAUACAGAAAGAUAUCAAGACAUUGCAAGUAAUAUUUCUUUGGCAACAAAGAGUUGGAGGAAUUAUUUUAGAUGGGUUUGAGAACAUUUUUUAUUGUACCUCAUAUUGCUGAAUGUCAAGUCACUUAAAUCAAACAUGGUGGUGAAAGAAGAAUGGUCGAUUAAAUUGACAGAGACUUUGAAUUAGUAUCCUACAAUUCGCAUCCUUAUUAAUUGUUCACCUACUCAGUUUGGAAUUAAUAUUUGGCAAAUCAGUAAGAGGCUUAUGAAUAAAGAAAGAAUGGAGGUUAAGCCAUCGAAGAUCAAGUUAUUGAUCACAUCAGGUAUGAAAAUGAAUUUAAAUUCAAGUGAAUUGGUGAAGGAUGAGAAAGCUAAGUUGGGUGCAGGCAAAUAAUUGAGCAUUGAAAGAACUGCGGAAAUUGUUAUGAAUGUUAUGAGAUAAUUAAGAGCUGCCUAAUAAAGACCAAAUCUUAACAAUAGGUAAUUAACAUAAUUAAUGUAAUAAGACGUGCAGAUGGUGAAUUUGAUGAUUUCUUAGAAUAGAGAAGACCAUUUACAGCUCCAAACAAUUAAUCAGCUACUCAUUGAGCUGCAAUAUAUUCAAAUAAAAUAUAAUACCUAUUUAAUUAAGA